UAAACGCCAAUUCAUCAUGGGUGAGAGCUUCCAUGCCAUUCCGAUUUUAGACAAGUUGGCCCAGAUUUAUGCCGACGAGUUCACCAAAGACCUGGCUUUGGUCUCGAGCUCGGGCCAACGCUUCCGGGUUCACAAGGCUGUGUUGGCCCUCGCCUCGGGUUUCUUCUGGCAGGUCCUCGCGGAAUCUCCGGAUGGCCACGAGAUGCUCCUGACCGAUUUCACCUCCUCCACCCUCCAAAGCUUCCUCAGCCUUCUCUACACGGGCCAAUGUACUCACCCGGAGUCCCAUCGGCGGGAGAUCGAAGUCCUCUGCCGGGCUGCCCGCAUUCCCAUCCAACGAUUCCGCAUGCCCGAUGAACACCCUCAUCACGCGCUCACCGUCAAACUGGAGGAGAAUCUCACCAAAUCCAAGGCCCGCCGCCGGGAAAUCGAGACCCGUGAACGGUUCAAGAAGAAGAAGAAACGCAUCCUCACCUCGGAGUUGGACCCCUCGGACUUGAAAUGCCCCGUGUGUGGCAAAGAGUUCCCGGUUUUGUACAAGCUCAAGAUGCACAGUCUGAUCCAUUCGGAGACGUAUCCGUUUCGUUGUCAGACUUGUGGGAAAGGGUUCAACAACAAGUACAAGAUGAGGAAUCACGAGAAGAAGAGCCAUCACAUCUCGUCCAAAGGCGAUGAGCCGCCCGACGAGGAUCAGAUGGACCAUUUUGUGCCCGAUGUCCCGGACGAGGAUCCCGAUGACGCCCUCGGGCCGAGUCUGGAAACGUUGGGCAAGACUUGCGAAGAGUGCGCCAUUGAGUUCGCCACUAAAGGCGCUUACCAAGAUCAUAUGGCGUUAAGACAUCCGGAUUUCAAGACCUUUCUCUGUUCCACGUGUGGCAAGGGACUGAAGAGCCAGAAAGGCUUGGACCAUCACAUGAAUCUGGUGUGCAACAAGGUCAAGAAGGUCCAUGGCUGUUCCAUUUGUCCCAUGAUGUGUCCCACUCUUGCGGAAUUGAGGAAACAUGAACUGUCCCAUGGACCGAAGCCGGAAUUCAAGUGUGCUCAAUGUCCCACGAUUUGCUCCACCCGCAAGGGAUUACGGGUCCACGAGAAGUCCGUUCAUCUGAGCGAGUCCUCGCCCAAUCCUUUGCCGCAUCGAUGCGGACACUGCGAUAAAUCCUUCCUCAAGGCCACUUACCUCCAGGACCAUGUGAACCGAUUCCACUCGACGACCAAGCAAUUUGGGUGCAUUUUGUGUCCCAAGAGGUGUGCCACGAAGCAGGAUUUGGACCGCCAUUUGUUUUCCCAUCGAGGCGAAGCCAUUUUCCAAUGCAGUUUUUGCCCCAAAAGCUUCAUUCAUCGUGCCAACUACAAGCAACACGUCCGAUCCCAUUUGGGACAAAAGCCCUACAAAUGCGUGCCCUGUGAUAAGAGCUUUGGGCUCUUGGGAGUUUUACGGAAACAUCAAAAGUCUCAUAAGCGAAAGGGAGAUCAUACCCAAAUCGUGACCGCGCCCAAGGGUCGCCGGGGUCACAUGAGUUACAUCGAUUUUGCCGACGCUCCCUCGCCCGAACCGGAAAUCAUGCAACCCGUCACGCCCCCCAUUGUUCACCACCGACCUCAAGUGUACAUCCCCUCGGGUCAAUACAUCCAGAGCUCGCAUCAGCAUCGCGUCACGUCUUUAGCUCAAGUCAUUGGAGGUGGAGACUACGGCGAAUUGACCUACUACAACAUGACGGGCGGCGGCGGGAGCGCCACCAACGAUUUCACGCCCUCCUCCAACUUGAACCCGUCGGCCGUGACGUCCGUGUCCGGCGCUGUCUCUUCAAUACCUUCCAUCGGUCGACACAAUAACUAUGACUCAUUUCGAGGAGGUGGCGGACAUCUGAAUUCAAUGCUAGAUCCAACCCCAUUGAAGACCACCCCAAUAGAAUCCGGACUUGGUACUAACGAGUUAACCACUCCUUCCGAAGCUGAGACGGGUCCGAAUCUGAAUCAGCAGACCGUGGUGUUCCAGCAUUCGAAUCAGUCCCAUCAAACGUUUCCCUUGCAUCAUACUGUGCACUCCCAAGAGCUCACCGAGACCGAAUCCAUUGCCAUGGACAUCAUGGGUCUUUUCAACGAAUCCUCGGUCCAAGGCACCGAAAAGUCCAUUGAACACUUGUGAUUGAUGAUUUUUGAUUAGCUUCACUCUCUCACCCAUGCUAGAAUGAAAAAAUAAUACAGCUCUGCGAACCAGCUUCAA